CCAAAGGGGGUGUAGACAAGGCUGAGCGCUAUAAAUACGCGCGCCUCACGGUGCUCACCACGCGUCGCCAGGAGCAGCGCACGGUCGCCGGGCGCCGCUGAUCGAGGCCUGCUGGGAUUCCAGAAUUGGAGAGGCAGGCAUGAUGAAGACUCUCCUACUGCUGGUGGGGCUGCUGCUGGCUGGGAAGAAUGGACCGGUUCUGGGAGACAAGGCGGUCUCAGACUCGGAGCUCCAGGAAAUGUCCACUGAAGGGAGUAAGUACAUUAACAAGGAAAUUAAAAAUGCACUCAAGGGCGUGAAGCAAAUAAAGACUCUGAUAGAACAGACCAAUGAAGAGCGCAAAUCCCUGCUCAGCAACUUAGAAGAAGCCAAGAAGAAGAAAGAGGAUGCCCUGAGUGAGACCAAGGACUCUGAAAUGAAGCUGAAGGCGUCCGAGGGGGUGUGCAAUGACACCAUGAUGGCCCUCUGGGAGGAGUGUAAGCCGUGCCUGAAACAGACCUGCAUGAAGUUCUACGCUCGCGUCUGCAGAAGCGGCUCGGGCCUGGUUGGCCAACAGCUUGAGGAGUUCCUGAACCAGAGUUCUCCCUUCUACUUCUGGAUUAAUGGCGACCGUAUCGACUCCCUGCUGGAGAAUGACCGGCAGCAGACCCACGCCCUGGACAUCAUGCAGGACAGAUUCAACCGUGCAUCCCGCAUUAUGGAUGAGCUUUUCCAGGACAGAUUUUUCACCCGGGAGCCCCAGGAUACUUACCACUACUCACCCUUCAGCUCAUUCCAUAGGAGGCCUUUCUUCUUCAAUCCCAAGUCCCGCUUCGCCCGGAAUGUAAUGCCUUUCCCUGCAUUCCAGCCCUUGAACUUCCACGACAUGUUUCAGCCCUUCUUUGACAUGAUACACCAGGCUCAACAGGCCAUGGACGUCAACCUCCAUAGAAUUCCCUACCACUUCCCGAUGGAAUUCACAGACGAAGACAGCCAAGACCGUACUGUGUGCAAGGAGAUCCGUCACAACUCCACAGGGUGCCUGAGGAUGAAGGACCAGUGUGACAAGUGCCAGGAGAUCUUGUCAGUGGACUGUGCUGGCAGCAACCCCUUGCAGGUGCAGCUGCGACAGGAGCUCAACAGCUCCCUCCAGAUAGCGGAGAAGUUCACCAAGCUGUACGACGAGCUACUGCAGUCCUACCAGGAGAAGAUGUUCAACACGUCCUCGCUGCUGAAGCAGCUGAAUGAGCAGUUUAGCUGGGUGUCCCAGCUGGCUAAUCUCACUCAGAGCGAGGACCCGUUCUAUCUCCAGGUCACUACGGUGAGCUCGCAGACUUCUGACUCCAAUGUUCCCUCUGGCCUCACUAAGGUGGUCGUGAAGCUCUUUGAUUCCGACCCCAUCACUGUGAUGGUCCCAGAAGAAGUCUCCAGGAACAAUCCUAAAUUUAUGGAGACCGUGGCAGAGAAAGCCCUUCAGGAAUACCGUCAAAAGAACUGGGAGAAAUGAGAUAUGAACAUUGCCUCUCCAGAUAUGGGGGCAUCUGAGUUCAGCUGCCCCCCAAGAUGAGCGAUAGGCCUAGAGAGAACUCUGCAUGUCACCACGUGACCAGGCCUUGCCUCAAGGCCCUCCUGUCCCUUCACCCAGCCUUUCCUCCCUCUGGACUCUGCAUUGUAAUGCCUGCGUUUGCUGAUCACGGGAAGAACUCCCACGUGCCACUAAUUCAAUAAAACCAGUAAUCAGAAUGUU